GCGGCGCCCAUACAAAAUUUCAGAAAUUUAGUGACAUUUUCCACGCUUUUCAAGUCACAGAACACUUUUAAUUUGUUUCCGUCCGUUUUACUUAUACUGUCUGACAGAAAAGAACGAGAAGAUGUUUACUGAGUUGAAUGUAAUUCUUGGUUUCGACCAUUUAAAGCCCCCAAAGGGCCAGUUUGUCCUGAUCUCUGACAGCCUGACAGAUGGUAGUUUCCUCAUCCACCACUUCUUGUCUCUCUACAUCAAAGGUGGAUGGAAGGUGUGUCUCCUUGCCCUGGCUCAGUCUUUUGGCCACUACAACACUGUUGGACAGAAGCUUGGAGUUCACCUGACUCAAGCGAGGGAGAAGGGUCAGCUGAGGUUCGUAGAUGGCCUGAACCAUUCCCUGCAGGCAUACACAUCUACAGCAGAGGACGGGCAGGACAAAAAUCCACUCACAUGUCUUAGGGACAAGAAAGCAACCCUUAGACCUUUGUACGAUCUUGUGAAGACGCACGUCUGUGGUGAAGAAGGUGUUCUAGAAGGGCCCACCCUGCUCCUUGUGGAUGACUUGAGUGUGCUUUUGAGUCUUGGCAUGUCUGUCAAGGAUGUGUCGGACUUUGUGCACUACUGCCGGGUCUUAAUGUGCCCCUCACAACAGAGUCAGGGAGCCAUGGUGACACUUGUACACAAGGAUGCAGACGUGGAGGAUGAGGAAUAUAGCAGCUUAUUCCGACACAUGGCAUACCAUAGCACAGUCCAUUUGGCAGUGGAGGGGUUGUCUAGUGGAUACAGUAGGGAUGUACAUGGACAGGUGACGGUUACUUUCCGGAACGUCCUGGACCCCAGCCAACCACAGACAAGGAAGAGAAGACUACAAUACAAAGUGGAGGAACGAAACGUCUCCUUUUUCGCCCCUGGAACAUCACGAGCAGUUCUGUAAUAAGUGUGUUUGUUAAAAACAUUAUUUAUUCUUGUUUGUUUGCUGGUCAGUUGGUUGGUUGGUUUUGCAAGGCAUAACAUAUAAACUGCCAUCAGACCUACUGUAUGUAUGACUUGUAAGUACAAGUUGUGCAAGGGAUAUUAAUUAUCCUUUCAAUAAGAGUGGUGGAAUCUUAGAUAUGCUUUCCUCAAACAUGUGACAUUUCAUCCAUCCAAAAGUCUUUAAACUUUUAAAACUGACAGCAUAAAAAUCAUGGUCCAGAAUGCUGAUGGCCGUGGUCUUGUUACACAGGCAAUAUUACUUACUUCUAGACUACACUACCUAUAUGCUACAAUAGUUAUACUGUUACUUGCAUCAUCAGUUGGUAAAGUUGUCUGAGUGUACCUUUGGUCAAUGAGCCAGUAUAAUACAAAUCCCACUUCCAGUCAAAGAUAGUUUUUAAUAUGUUGUGCAUUUUUCCAUUGUUAUCAUCAAAUCCAGAGGUGCUUCUUAACUGCAUCGGUGAUAAUUAUACAUGCACACAUGCAGCCAAAUCAUGCAAAAAUAAAAACAUAGAACGAAGGUACAAGGAAACUGUAGCAUCUUUUUCAGUUUUUCAUCAGAUUUGUUGUUUUUUUUUCAUCCCAAUUUGUAUCUUUGAAGUAAAAGUCGUACAAUAUCCAGUUAAUCAGCAAAUAGCAGGACUAAUUAAGUGUAAAAUCUCCAUCUUUAAUCAUUCAAAGGAAAAAUUUCCUCCACCCAACAAUCAUUCAUGAUUUGUCCCAACAUAUUCCAGCUUCCUCUUCCAGUUGGUAGGAAAUGAAUGCUGCAUGCAGUCCAAGCUGCUGUGAAACCCCAUGGAUGAGCAUGGGUAGACAGAUAGGCUCUAAUGCUGGUGUUAUGUUGCCAGGGGACGGACGCGGAAUCUUCAUUUCAGCACAGCAGAUUACGGGAGUGCGUAUGCACGGCUCUCUUUGGGGAAAUUGGAGCUUCGGUGAACGUUUCUAGCACCCUAUAGAAAUGCUUUGCAAAUCCAUGGUUUUAGGCUGCACCAACCCACUUGUUGGUUGUCAGAAUUUCACCUGAUUUGUUUUUUUCUUACAUGACUGUAUACCUAUAGUACAAGAGGAUUGAGUGUGUGACAGUAGGUGAUUGACAAUGAUCCAGUGUGUGUGUGUGUGUGUGUGUGUGUGUGUGAAUAAGUCUGUGAGUAUAUGUAGGUGUGUGACUCAGUGAAUUACUCUGUAAAUGAGUUUGUGCAGAUUAGUCAUCCAGGAAAUUGAAUAUGAUUUUUACAAUAAGAAGUAUUCUUUGUUUCAUAAAGUCUUGUAUACUUUUAUUUUGAUUUCUCUGAUGAAAGACAGUAGAUACUGUCUGAAACAUGUGAAUAAAUAAUGUAGUAUCCAGCA